AUGAUUUCGUUUGCAUCUAUUACUAAAGUAUUCAGCCAUUCCGAUGAAAUCAAAGAUGCCUAUAAUUUAUGCAAUCAAUCGUCUAAGAAAGAUACUAUUUACAAGAACUGGAAACUAAAAGAGGAAUUUCAGGCUGAAGGAUUCGAUGGCAAAAUGCACAAAAUCAAGUUCGAUUUUGAUCCAGUAACAGAAAGUUUAAAAGAGACACAUAUCCGAGCAGACGACCUAAACGAUCGUGGAGAAACGUACACUUAUACUGUUGAUGGUGAUAUCUUAUUAUUGAGUAUGGCAAAUGAAAAAGUAUCCUGCAAGCGGUACUUCGUUCGACAAUCGUCUGGGCAACAGCAAUGA